GUGCCACUUCCGACGACCCGACCCGAUGACAGCUAGGUGCCCACCCGUCGGCCCCACCCGUCAGUGAGUGCGUGAGUUCGAGCAGCCUUCCAUAAAUACGCCAAACGCACGCGUCUCGAUCUCGCUUUUAUUUUCAACGGGAGAAGUGGGCGGUGCCCUUUGUCGUGUCGUCUCCUCCCUCUCGAAGGCUCCACGUCUCCACCAGACACCACAAGAACUCCGCGCGGCGCUGGCAGGCAUGGGCGAAGCGGCCCCGGCUCCGGCGAAGGCGAGGGUGGCUCCGCCGAUGUCGUGGCGGACGCGGCUGUCGGUGCUCGCGGCGGGGUACCUCACCGACGCCACUCGCCGCGCCGACGGCACCAUCAACCGCCGCUUGCUCACCGUCCUCGACCCGGGCGUCGCGGCGUCCGCGGCCCCGCGCAACGGCGUGGCCACGCGGGACAUCGCCAUCGACCCGGCGCUCCCCCUCCGUGCGCGCCUCUUCUAUCACUGCCCUGCAGAGGGCCCGGUUCCGGUCGUCGUGUUCUUCCACGGCGGCGGGUUCGCGUACCUCAGUGCGGCCUCCCCCGGGUACGACGCCGCGUGCCGGCGCAUCACCAGGUACUCCGGCGCCGCCGUGCUCUCCGUCGACUACCGCCGCUCGCCCGAGCACCGGUUCCCGGCCGCUUACGACGACGGCCUCGCGGCGCUCCGCUUCCUCGACGACCCCAAGAACCACCCCAUGCCGCUCGACGCCUCCCGCUGCUUCCUCGCUGGGGACAGCGCGGGGGGCAACAUCGCCCACCACGUCGCCCGCCGCUACGCGCUCUCCCACUCCUCCUUCGCCCACGUCCGCCUCGCGGGCCUCAUCGCCAUCCAGCCCUUCUUCGGCGGCGAGGAGCGGACCCCCUCUGAGCUCCGGCUCGACGGCGCGCCCAUCGUCUCCGUCCCGCGCACCGACUGGAUGUGGCGCGCGUUCCUGCCCCCUGGCGCGGACCGGACCCACCAGGCGUCCUCUCCCGCGCCGGCCACGACCGGCAUCGACGACGCCCCGGCGUUCCCGCCGGCGACGGUGGUCAUCGGCGGGUACGACCCGCUGCAGGACUGGCAGCGGCGGUACUGCGACGCGCUGCGCACCAAGGGGAAGGAGGUGCGGGUGCUGGAGUACCCCGACGCCAUCCACGCCUUCUACUUGUUCCCGGAGUUCGCGGAGUCAAGGGACCUCAUGCUCCGGAUCAAGGAGAUCGUCGCCGCCGCCGGGGGCAAGUGAAGAGGAAGGGUGCCGGUGGCGUGGCGUGUGUGAGGUCCAGGCAGCGCUGUGGCAUGGGCUCUCCCAGCUGUCGCUGAACUACUGGUAGAGUGGUAGUAGCAAUGGAUACGGUAUGUGGGAUCGGUGAGUGACGUGGACUGGUCGCGUGGGCUGAUACGGUGGUGUGUGGUGACGUGGAAUUGAUAAGGUGGUGUCGUCUAAGUGUACUAGUGUGAGAUCAUGCUGAUCAGUGAUGAUUAUUUACGCUAAUUUUUGCGUUUGAUAA